AGGAGCUGUUAGCAUUACCAAUGUGUGCAUCCAGGAGAUGCUGCUGUCUGCCGCCCAUCCCAGAAUAGCUAUGGCGAGGAAACUCACUGUAUUGGAAGUCCUUCUGAUCAUCUAUUUCCUCAUUGUGUCGGUCAUAGAUAUCCUCUUGCUGUUUUUUGUAUUGGAAAAAACUCCUCCAGAUUCUUCAUUUAUUCCAGAGUGCCCAGAUAUCUCCAACUCCGAAAGGAUAGACUGUGCACCUGGCCAGGUGGUGACAGAGGAGAUCUGCAGGAGGUACUACAAGUGCUGCUGGAAGCCUCUGGAAGACUCCAACGUCCCUAAGUGCUUCUUCCCCAGGAAUUGGGGAUAUGAAGUCAGUGAUGCCAGAACAAUUACAAGCAGGGGAUUUUCUGUCAAGUUGAAAAGGUUUCCAUCCCCAUCUCUGUUUGGAUAUGAUGUCAACAACACCCUCUUCACAGCUGAAUAUCAGACAUCCAAUCGCUUUCGUUUUAAGAUCACUGAUGACAAUAACAAACGCUAUGAAGUUCCCCUUACAAUUAAGUCGGGUAACGAGACUGCGGAUACCUCCAAUUUGAACUAUGACAUAGAGGUCAUUGAUAAACCCUUCAGCCUCAAAAUAAUGAGGAGAAGCAACAGAAGAGUCUUGUUGGACACGGGCAUUGGACCUCUUCUGUAUGCUCAGCAGUACUUGCAACUGUCUUUCCGACUGCCCAGCACCAAUGUGUAUGGGCUGGGGGAACACGUGCACCAGCAGUACCUCCACAACAUGACCUGGAAGACCUGGCCCAUCUUCACCCGUGAUGCCACCCCCACAGAGGAUAUGAUUAAUCUGUAUGGAGCUCAUACAUUCUUCUUGUGCCUUGAAGACACCAGUGGCUUUUCUUUUGGAGUUUUUCUAAUGAACAGUAAUGCCAUGGAGGUCACCCUCCAGCCUGCUCCUGCGAUCACUUACCGCACGAUUGGAGGCAUUCUUGACUUCUAUGUAUUUCUCGGGAACACUCCAGAACAAGUGGUUCAGGAAUACCUGGAGCUUAUUGGACGACCAUUUUUGCCUUCCUACUGGAGUCUUGGGUUCCAGCUUAGUCGCAGGGAUUAUGGUGGCAUCGAUGGAUUGAAAGAAGUUGUGAGCAGAACUCGUAAAGCUGGAAUCCCAUAUGAUGUCCAGUAUUCUGACAUAGACUAUAUGGAUGGAAAGAAGGAUUUUACUUUAAACAACGCUUACCUUGAUCUCCCAGCUUUUGCCGAAGAAUUACAUGACAAAGGACAGAAGUAUGUCAUUAUCUUGCAUCCUGGCAUCUCUAAUACUUCUGGGUACCAACCCUAUCAGAAUGGCAACACAAAGAGAGUAUGGAUCUUGGAUGGCAAUGGCUUUGCUGUUGGAGAGGGAUAUCCUGGACCAACAGUUUUCCCUGAUUAUAGCAAUGAUGAAUGCAUUCAGUGGUGGAAGGAGGAGCUCACUAAAUUUCAUACAGAGUUAGCAUUUGAUGGAGUGUGGAUUGAAAUGGAUGAACUAUCUAGCUUUCGUCAACGUCCUGGUCCUGAGUGUGAAUCAAACAGCUUGAACUUUCCUCCCUUCACUCCUAGAGUCCUGGACCGCUUACUUUUUUCAAGAACCCUCUGUAUGGACACAGAAUUUCAAAAGGGCUUUCACUACGACAUCCACAGUCUUUAUGGCUACUUCAUGGCAAACGCCACAAACUCGGCCUUGGAGUCUCUCUUCCCCAAUAACAGGAGCUUCAUCUUAUCCCGCUCUACUUUUGCGGGAUCCGGCACGGUUGCUGCCCAUUGGUUGGGGGACAAUGCGGCCACCUGGAAUGACCUCCGAUGGUCCAUCCCCAGUAUCCUUGAGUUCAACCUGUUUGGCAUCCCCAUGGUUGGUGCCAACAUCUGUGGUUAUUCAAAAGAUGUCACAGAGGAGCUUUGCAGACGGUGGAUGCAGCUUGGAGCAUUUUAUCCACUAUCCAGGAAUCACAAUGGGCCUGGGUUCAGGGACCAGGACCCAGCUGCCUUCGGAGAGGACUCCCUGCUGCUGAAUUCCUCCAGGCACUACCUUAACAUCCGCUAUACCCUGCUGCCCUACCUGUACACGCUUUUCUACCGCGCCCACACCCUGGGGGACACUGUGGCCAGGCCUCUUGUACACGAGUUCUACCAGGACCCCGCCACAUGGGCCAUCCACGAGCAGUUCUUAUGGGGGCCUGGACUCCUCAUCACGCCUGUUUUAUAUGAAGGUGUGGACCACGUGAAAGCGUAUGUACCGGAUGCCAUCUGGUAUGACUAUGAGACAGGAGUGGCCAUGGAACAGAGGAAACAAUGGGUGGAUAUGCUGCUCCCAGGUGAUAAGAUGGGACUUCACCUUCGAGGGGGCUACAUAUUUCCCACCCAGCAACCAGGCACAAGCACAGAGGUCAGUCGGAAGAACUCCCUGGGACUCAUUGUUGCUUUGGACUAUAAGAGAGAAGGGAAGGGGCAGCUGUACUGGGAUGACGGUGUAUCGAGAGCUGCUGUAACAAAUUAUAUUUUGUAUAAUUUCUCUGUUACUUCUAACCGUCUACAGGCAAAGGUUAUAUAUUGUAAUUACAUGGACCCUGACAACCUGACGUUUACAGAUAUCAGAAUCCUGGGAAUGGACAAGCAGCCGGCUAAUUUUACUGUCAUAGUUAAUGGUAGUGUUACCUCCGACGUGCUGAAUGUCACCUACAGUGCUUCAACAAAGGUGGUGACCAUUACUAACCUCCAGGGAUUGGCCCUGGGACAAGAAUUCUCCCUUGAGUGGAGUCUUCCAGUCAGUGACUUAGAGAAGUUCAACUGCUACCCUGAGGGUCCUACGGCCUCUGAGGAGAGUUGCAGGCAGCGUGGGUGCCUUUGGGAGCCCACGACUGCUCCAGGCGUGCCCGCCUGCUACUAUGACACCAUUCCUAAUUACGCUGCCAGUAACAUUCAGUACCUGUCCACGGGCAUCACCACACACCUUGCCCUCCUGACGCCCCCUGAGUCUGAGCGGGCAGCGGCGGCACCACCACCUCCACCACCAUCAGGUCGUGAGCUGCCUCUGCCUGGCCGACCUGCAACCACCGCCUCUGAUCCUCUCUCUGCAAAGAUUGGCUCCCUGGAAGUGAGCGUCAUCUACCACACAGAAUCCAUGCUGCAGGUCAAGAUCUAUGAUCCCACUAAUAAAAGGUAUGAGGUCCCAGUGCCUCUGAAUAUACCUCCCUCACCAGUUGACUCCCCUGAAAACUGCCUGUACGAUGUCAGGAUUCUGAACAAUCCUUUUGGAAUCCAGGUUCGACGCAAAAACCCCAACACUGUGAUUUGGGACUCUCAGCUCCCCGGCUUCAUCUUCAGCGACAUGUUCCUCUCCAUUUCUACCCACCUUCCCUCGCAGUACAUCUAUGGCUUUGGGGAAAGUGAGCACACAGCUUUCAGAAGAAACAUGAGCUGGAACACAUGGGGAAUGUUUGCUCGUGAUGAGCCCCCAGCGUACAAGAAGAACUCCUAUGGUGUCCACCCCUACUAUAUGGCACUGGAGGACGAUGGUAGUGCCCACGGAGUGCUCCUGCUCAACAGCAAUGCCAUGGAUGUGACAUUCCAGCCUACACCUGCUCUGACAUAUCGCAUCACAGGAGGGAUUUUGGACUUUUAUAUGGUUUUAGGGCCAACCCCUGAACUUGUAACUCAGCAAUACACUGAGUUGAUUGGUCGUCCAGUGAUGCCUCCAUACUGGGCCUUGGGAUUCCAGUUGAGUCGCUAUGGAUACCAGGAUGCUACUGAAAUCUCCGAUUUGUACGAUGAGAUGGUGGCAGCACAGAUUCCCUAUGAUGUCCAGCAUGUAGACAUCGACUACAUGGACCGGAAGCUGGACUUCACCCUCAGCCCCAGCUUUCAAAACCUCAGCCGCCUGAUUGAGCAGAUGAAGAAAAAUGGCAUGAGGUUUAUUCUCGUUCUGAAUCCAGCUAUUUCUGGUAAUGAGACAGAAUAUCUCACAUUCAACAGAGGACGGGAUAACAACGUGUUCAUCAAGUGGCCUGACACCAAUGACAUCGUCUGGGGAAAGGCUUGGCCAGAUCUGCCCAAUGUAAUUGUGAAUGGAUCCCUUGAUCAUGAAACACAGGUUAAGCUGUUCAGGGCCCACGUUGCUUUUCCUGACUUCUUGCGGAACAGCACAGCAGCAUGGUGGAAGAAGGAGAUAGAAAUGCUCUACGGAAACUCUCAAGAACCAGAGAAGAACUUGAAGUUUGAUGGAUUACGGAUUGAUAUGAAUGAGCCAUCGAACUUCGUGGAUGGGUCGGUCAGGAACUGCAAUAAUGAAAUUCUUAAUAACCCACCCUACAUGCCAUAUUUGGAAUCCAGGGACAAGGGCCUGAGCAGCAAGACCCUGUGCAUGGAGAGCCAGCAGAUCCUGCCUGAUGGGUCCCUGGUGCGGCACUACGACGUGCACAGCCUUUACGGAUGGUCCCAGACCAGACCCACAUACGAAGCCGUGCAGGAGGUGACGGGACAGCGAGGCAUUGUCAUCACCCGCUCCACCUUCCCCUCUUCUGGCCGCUGGGCAGGACACUGGCUGGGAGACAACACAGCUGCAUGGGACCAGCUGAAGAAAUCAAUCAUUGGCAUGAUGGAGUUCAGUCUCUUUGGAAUAUCUUAUACAGGAGCAGAUAUUUGUGGAUUCUUUGGAGAUGCCGAAUAUGAGAUGUGUAUUCGCUGGAUGCAACUGGGUGCAUUUUACCCAUUUUCCAGGAAUCACAACACCGUUGGGACAAGGAGACAAGAUCCUGUGGCCUGGAAUUCGGCCUUUGAGAUGUUUUCAAGGAAAGUCCUCCAGACCAGGUACACCCUGCUGCCUUACCUCUACACUCUGAUGCAUAAAGCCCAUGUCGAGGGCAGCACUGUCGUCCGGCCCCUUCUCCAUGAAUUCACAGGUGAUAAAACAACAUGGAAUAUAGACCGUCAGUUCAUGUUGGGCCCUGCCAUUUUAAUCAGCCCUGUUCUGGAAAGUAACAUUUUGGAGAUCAGUGCUUAUUUUCCCAGAGCCCGUUGGUAUGACUAUAGUACGGCAUCUGGCAGUGAUUCAACAGGUGAGUGGAAAUUCCUGGAAGCUCCCCUUGACCACAUCAACCUUCAUGUCCGAGGAGGGUUCAUCUUGCCAUGGCAGGAACCUGCAAGUAACACUCACUACAGUCGACAAAACUUUAUGGGAUUGACUGUUGCUUUGGAUGAUAAUGGAAGAGCUGAGGGUCAGAUGUUCUGGGAUGAUGGACAAAGCAUUGAUACUUAUGAAAAUGGAAACUAUUUCUUGGCAGAAUUUACGGCAGAUCAGAACAUCUUGCGAAUACAGACCAUACACAAUAAGUAUUUGAAUGAUGCAAAUCCACUGAGAGUUGGAUAUAUUAGAAUCUGGGGUAUGAACUCUUCUUAUGUGACACAAGUCAGUUUCAUCUAUGACAACCAGUUAUCCAUGGAGACAAAUUUCAAGAGUGACCCUUACAAUCAGACACUAAUUAUUCAACUGACUAACAAGAAUAUCAGUCUGGAAAAGUUAACCGAAGUUACUUGGAUUCAUGGUGCUAUUACAACUACUGCAAGCACUACUACUACUGAUUUUGCCACAACCACUCCUUCCCUGACAAGUUCUGCUGAUACUACGAUAGGUACUAUUAUUCCUGAUACAACUACUACUUCCCCUCGAACUGAUACAACUACUGGCACUAGUGCUACUACUCCUAUUAUAACUACAUCAUCCCCUAUGACUACUACCAAUGCUAAUGGUAGUACUUCUGUCCCUAAUACGACUGUGUAUUCUACCAUCAGUACUACUGUAGAUACCACCAGUGUUACCACUCCUACCAUAACCACAUCAUUCCCUACAAGUACUGCUGAUGUUAAUGUCAGUACUGCUGUCCCUAAUACGACUGCGUAUUCUACCAUCAGUACUACUGUAGAUACCACCAGUGUUACCACUCCUACCAUAACCACAUCAUUCCCUACAAGUACUGCUGAUGUUAAUGUCAGUACUGCUGUCCCUAAUACGACUGCGUAUUCUACCAUCAGUACUACUGUAGAUACCACCAGUGUUACCACUCCUACCAUAACCACAUCAUUCCCUACAAGUACUGCUGAUGUUAAUGUCAGUACUGCUGUCCCUAAUACGACUGCGUAUUCUACCAUCAGUACUACUGUAGAUACCACCAGUGUUACCACUCCUACCAUAACCACAUCAUUCCCUACAAGUACUGCUGAUGUUAAUGUCAGUACUGCUGUCCCUAAUACGACUGCGUAUUCUACCAUCAGUACUACUGUAGAUACCACCAGUGUUACCACUCCUACCAUAACCACAUCAUUCCCUACAAGUACUGCUGAUGUUAAUGUCAGUACUGCUGUCCCUAAUACGACUGCGUAUUCUACCAUCAGUACUACUGUAGAUACCACCAGUGUUACCACUCCUACCAUAACCACAUCAUUCCCUACAAGUACUGCUGAUGUUAAUGUCAGUACUGCUGUCCCUAAUACGACUGCGUAUUCUACCAUCAGUACUACUGUAGAUACCACCAGUGUUACCACUCCUACCAUAACCACAUCAUUCCCUACAAGUACUGCUGAUGUUAAUGUCAGUACUGCUGUCCCUAAUACGACUGCGUAUUCUACCAUCAGUACUACUGUAGAUACCACCAGUGUUACCACUCCUACCAUAACCACAUCAUUCCCUACAAGUACUGCUGAUGUUAAUGUCAGUACUGCUGUCCCUAAUACGACUGCGUAUUCUACCAUCAGUACUACUGUAGAUACCACCAGUGUUACCACUCCUACCAUAACCACAUCAUUCCCUACAAGUACUGCUGAUGUUAAUGUCAGUACUGCUGUCCCUAAUACGACUGCGUAUUCUACCAUCAGUACUACUGUAGAUACCACCAGUGUUACCACUCCUACCAUAACCACAUCAUUCCCUACAAGUACUGCUGAUGUUAAUGUCAGUACUGCUGUCCCUAAUACGACUGCGUAUUCUACCAUCAGUACUACUGUAGAUACCACCAGUGUUACCACUCCUACCAUAACCACAUCAUUCCCUACAAGUACUGCUGAUGUUAAUGUCAGUACUGCUGUCCCUAAUACGACUGCGUAUUCUACCAUCAGUACUACUGUAGAUACCACCAGUGUUACCACUCCUACCAUAACCACAUCAUUCCCUACAAGUACUGCUGAUGUUAAUGUCAGUACUGCUGUCCCUAAUACGACUGCGUAUUCUACCAUCAGUACUACUGUAGAUACCACCAGUGUUACCACUCCUACCAUAACCACAUCAUUCCCUACAAGUACUGCUGAUGUUAAUGUCAGUACUGCUGUCCCUAAUACGACUGCGUAUUCUACCAUCAGUACUACUGUAGAUACCACCAGUGUUACCACUCCUACCAUAACCACAUCAUUCCCUACAAGUACUGCUGAUGUUAAUGUCAGUACUGCUGUCCCUAAUACGACUGCGUAUUCUACCAUCAGUACUACUGUAGAUACCACCAGUGUUACCACUCCUACCAUAACCACAUCAUUCCCUACAAGUACUGCUGAUGUUAAUGUCAGUACUGCUGUCCCUAAUACGACUGCGUAUUCUACCAUCAGUACUACUGUAGAUACCACCAGUGUUACCACUCCUACCAUAACCACAUCAUUCCCUACAAGUACUGCUGAUGUUAAUGUCAGUACUGCUGUCCCUAAUACGACUGCGUAUUCUACCAUCAGUACUACUGUAGAUACCACCAGUGUUACCACUCCUACCAUAACCACAUCAUUCCCUACAAGUACUGCUGAUGUUAAUGUCAGUACUGCUGUCCCUAAUACGACUGCGUAUUCUACCAUCAGUACUACUGUAGAUACCACCAGUGUUACCACUCCUACCAUAACCACAUCAUUCCCUACAAGUACUGCUGAUGUUAAUGUCAGUACUGCUGUCCCUAAUACGACUGCGUAUUCUACGACUGUGUACUCUACCAUCAGUACUACUAUAGAUACCACCAGUGCUGCUGCUCCUAUCAUAACCACAUCAUUCCCUACAAGCACUGCUGAUAUUAACGUUAGUACUGCUGUCCCUAAUACAACUGCGUAUUCUACCAUCAGUAUUACUACUGAUAGUACUAGUGCUACUGAUUAUGUCACAACCACUUCUUCCCCAAGUUCUGCUGAUGUUACAACUAGUAAUAUUAUUCUGAAUACAACUAUGACUUCUACAACUACUACAACUGCUAGCACCAGUGCUACUGCUCCAGUCUUAACUAUGUCAUCCCCUACAAGUACUGCUGAUGCUAGCACUAGCACUGCUCUCCCUAAUACAACUUCUUCCUUUGCUACUAGUAGUACUCCUUCUAUCCUAACGACACCAUUCCCUACAAGUACUGCAGAUACUAACAUUAGCACUGCUCUUCCUAAUACAACUUCUUCCUUCCCUACUAGUGGUACUCCUCCUAUCCUAACUACACCAUUCCCUACAAGUACUGCAGAUACUAGCACUAGCACUGCUCUCCCUAAUACAACUUCUUCCUUCCCUACUAGUGGUACUCCUCCUAUCCUAAUGACACCAUUCCCUACAAGUACUGCAGAUACUAACUUUAGUACUGCUUACCCUAAUACAGCUUUUUCUUUUCCUACUAGUGGUACUCCUCCUAUCCUAACUACAUCAUUCCUUAAAAGUACUGCUGAUGUGAACAUUAGUACUGCUCUCCCUAAUACAACUGUCUCUUCUCCUAUUAGUCCUAGUACUGCUAAUAUUGUUCCUCCUGGGUCUAUCACAACCAUUCCUUUCCGAACAGCUACUAGUAAUACUAGUAGUGUUAUUGUUCCUAAUACAACUGCUCCUUCCACUACCAGUACUACUAUCAGUACUAGUAUUACUGAUUUUAUCACAAGCACUUCUUUAUCUACUAGUACUAUUGAUGCUACAACUAGUACUAUUGUUCCUAAUACAAAUACACCUUCCCCUACAAAUGUUACUACUGAUAGCACUAGUGCAACUGAUCCUAUCAGAGCCACUCCUUUCCCAAUAAGUUCUUUAGAUAUUAGUACUACCCCUUCUGAUCCAAUUAUUCCUUCUCCUACAAGCACUACUGCUACUGACACUAGUGCUACUGUUCCUAUCACAACCACUCCUUCUCCAAUAAGUUCUACUGAUGUUACAACUAGUUUUACUACUCUUGGUAGCACUAGUCACUCCCCCAGAAGUGUUACUACAACACCAGCCAGAAACAACACAACCCUGACUCCUACAAAUUUAUCUAAUGCUGGCACUAGCAGUACUACUAUCAAAAACACCACAGCUACUGGUGUGGAUUCACUUACUAGAAAUAUUAUAAAUAUUACCACUGUAGGAGACAUAGAUACAACUGCAAGAGCCACUGUGGUCACUAAGAUUACAAACGUUACUUCUGUAGAAACUACCACUCAGGUGAUUUCCACUCCACCUCCUGUAGACACCUCUGGUGCCAACACCACUGCACUUACUGGAAAUAUUACCAUCACUUAG